AUUUGUGUUUAAGCAUGUAAGCUUGAUUUCAAAAUUUUCUACUUUACUUCACUAUACUCCAGAUAGAGGAUACUUUCAAUAACUUCACAUUGGCAAGUACGACAAAUUUUGGACACUGAAAUUGAAAUACGAUUUAAGAUUCAACACCGUGUAUCGGUGCUUCAUAAUCGGACGAAAACCCUAGCAACUUUUGUGUGCGAAACAUGUCAAAUCACUACUUGCACAAAGGGAGCGUCUACCCUAACGAUUCGUCACAAAGUCCAAUCUCAAUCCAAUAAGUUCCGGGGGCACCAGACAAAAAUUAUUUUGCCUUUCCGUGUGUAUGAGAAAGUUAAAAAGCAACUAUUUUCGAUGAUAAGGAAGCACGAUGCAAAGAGGAAUACGGCGGCAACCCUAUAAUUAUAUCUUAUCACUGAUACGAUUAUCGGUUUGAAGUGUUUGCGUAUUUGAAACUUUUUGACGAUAGAAUAAAAUUCAUUCAGUUCAAAUUUGGAUCUUGUUGUGUCUUCAAGAAGAUUUCCGCCUGUCCAAAAAAUAAUCAAAAUGUCCAACAUAAACAAUGGGCAUCCCUUGCCCACAUCGCCAUCACGACCCGUAUCGACAACUUUCCCAUCUGGCGUGCCUCCUCCUAUACCACCACGUAAGAUAGAUUAUGAGAACAUCGACUUUAUCGGGCGAACGAAAAUCGCCUACAAUAAUCAAACCAGGGCAAAUAGUGUUCAGAAUUUGAUGCAAAACUUUCAAGCACUAUCUUGUGAUGAGAAAGGCACUGAGCAAAAUUAUCCCAACUAUCUGUACAGCACACAGUAUACGGGAAGUUUGCAGCACAUUUACGAGGAGGUUCCAGCCAGAUCAAGUACUUCUGGCUCGAACAGUGUUGAAGUAGAGGAGUAUUGGAAUGAUUCUAUGUUUGAUACUGAAUGGACAGAUUCAGGAUCCCGAAACGUGCCAUUUCCAUUUCCUUGCGAUGGUUCGCAAAGCACCAAAAGAUCUAGCUCCAAAAGAUCUAGCACCGCACCUGAAAAUGCCGUUGAUGAACUUAUACAAAACGAACAAAAGUAUAUCGACAGUCUCAUGAACGGUAUACUGAACUUCAUCCCUCUGAUUUACCACAUGAAUCUCCCGGGAGGUCUACGUGGCCAGAGGAACAAUCUGUUUGGAAACGUUGAAGAGAUCCACGAGCUUCACCAGGACGAUUUUCUUCCAGCACUCCGUCGAUGUUACCAAAACGUUGAAAAAAUUGCUCAGUGUUUCAUCCAUUACGUGGAAACGGAGAAGUUCUACUGCUACGUCAAGUACGCACUCAAUCGGAGGAAAUCCGAUACCAUUUUCGAAAGGCAUCGGGAUUACUUUUCGUCCAAUCAGCACGAGUUGAACAGUUUUCUUCUGCAGCCAAUUCAACGGCUACCGCGGUACAAACUUUUCCUGGACAAGUUCCUCAAAGAAACGUUGAAAUUUGGUGAUGAUCAGCAAACAACCUCUCAUGUAUCCAGCAUCCAAAAGGCCCAGGAAAUGUUGAGCGAUGUGAUUGAUCUGAUGAAUGCUGCAGUAUCGAUUAGCGAUAUUCGCCAGUGUGCAAAUGAGUUUGCCGCAAUUUCUCAGUUUGCUUCAGGGUUUAGCCGAGAUAAUGAUUUGGCUUCAACGUUGAUUCUGAAACCCAAAGGAAAUAAGCUUCCUUCAAGGAAUAAUCCAAUCGAUCUUUUUGCCCAGGGCAAAUUUAUCCAAGCAGUGGAGACUGAUAUUUACGACGAAGCUCGCUACCGACGGUACAAAGCGAAGCUUUUCAUAUUUGAAAAACUUGUCAUCUACACAGAGGUCGUCAAAGCCACUCUAAGCUACAGGGGCCAUUAUUUUGACUCGGAAAUCAACUUUUGGGACGAUUCCAAGAAGCUACACCUGUUCUGUCUUCAUCGAGGAACGCAGGAAAUAGAGAUGCGCUUCAACAAAUCUCUAGCGAAUACUGUGAAAGCUAUUCGUCAUCGAGCUAUCUCACAAUUUUUCAACGAACCUCAGCUAAUAGACUUCGAAGCAGCGAUAGAACCGCAAACCGCUGAGGCAUCCGUAACAUCAGAUUUGGACUUGGACAACAACAUUAUGGCUCUUAUCAACUCUCAAAUUCAGUUCGUACAAAUCUUGCAUGCAAAUAUCGAGUAUUACUUGGAAUGCAACACUUCGUAUCAUGAAACUAAAAUACACACAUUCAGGGAAAUGUGCAUUAGAAUGACCCAUCUACAUUACGACCGCGUCUUAUCAGAUCUAUCAAUUAAUGUCGGAAACAUAUCAGCAAUCUCUACGGUUUUCUUGCAAUAUGUGACGACUGACUUCCCUCACAUCUAUGAAGAAUACCUAAAAAUCAGUUAUAAAGCUUCCAAAUACAUUCGAAUAAAAUCCAAUACAAACACUACCAGUAGCUUCAUUGUCCCAACAAUUGAUGAAUUCCUGUUUCUCCCUAUAGAAAGGUUAGAAGAAUUCGUUCAGUUUUUCACCUCAAUAACCGAAAAAUUAUCGGACAGUAUCAUCCAGAACGCAUCAACCGACAAGUCUCUGUAUCACCGGCUGGCCGUUGUACAAGUUGAACUGGAAAAGUUCUCUCAAAGUGUUGCCGAUAACUUCCGACUGUUAUGCCUGGAUGAUAGAAUCUUUGAAUAUGGCUUGGCUGUGAUUAGCGAGCGCGCCAAGAUCAAAUCAGAACGGAUGCAGAUAUCCAACUGCAAGAUCUUCCUCUGUGAACGAGCGGCUGUUUGCGUUGCUUACAGCGAUGAAAAACUUCUUGCCAAACGAAAUGAACGAUUAGGUAAUGUAAUAUUUUGUGAUAGGUUUGCCGGUAGAGCUCAUCCGAUGCGAUUGCGAAAGAGCAGGAAGAAUGAUGAUAUGGUUUGUUUUACAUUUAGGAAUGAAAAAUACAAAGUGAAAUUCCAGAAUGCCCAAAUCAAAGAUAGGUUUUAUGCGAAUUAUAUUCAAAAAUAUGUUUCUGUCGCCAAACAAUAAACAAAAUUUACCAAGGA